CACUCUAACUUCAUUUCCACCAAGUCUCUAUCUUCGUCUUUGGGACAAAUUCAUGGGGUUUGCCACCUUUUAGCUCUUUUUAUGUAUUUUCUCUGACCAUCUGUUCCUUUUAGGAUGUUGGAAGUUCUCUUCUGUUUUUGUCCACCUCCUCUACACACACACACACACACACACACACACACACACACACACACACACACUUCAUUAACAUCAUCAUCUUUGUCCUCAUCAUCACAAUCAUCAUCAUCUGGAGACCAGCCGCCGCUUGCCUAUACAGUCUCCCUCCUUUCUGCCUUUUUCUCUGGCACACACACAGUCACACACACAUCUGGAAACAGUCAAGGCGUCUACAUGCACGAAGAGGGGGGGCUACCUCUCUCUCUCUCUCUCUCUCUCUCUCUCUCUCUCUCUCUCUCUCUCUCGCGGUAUCACUGCAGAGCUGAGCUGCAGGGGCAGCAGAGGCAGAGAGAAGAGUGAGCUCCAACUCCCGAUCAGUGAGACACUGACAGACAGAGAGACAGGCUCACAGACAGACAGGCACACAGACUGACAGACCGCCGGACCACCAUGGACUGGAUCAGGACAGAGAACCCGGUCUCCGGAUGAGACAGGACGGCCUGGCUUCUGUGUUUUUUUCGGGGGGACUCUGCUUUAGAUACGUGGAAUAACGGACUACCUAUUGGGAGAUUUAACCCCGUGCUACCCGUGAUGGAAUAUUUACGCUCUUCUCAUCUCCAAAUUGUUCUCCUCUUCUCUUCCUCCUACUCCUUCUCUUCCUCCACCACCACCUCUUCUUCUUCAUCCUCUCACAUUUUGACACACUGCUGAAGAUGCGCACGAAUGCGUAUUUUGCGCACUUCCAUUGCGACCGUCACUGACAGCGCCCCGUGCUUUAUAACCUUUUGAAACCUAAUUUUUUUUGAAAAGAAGAAGGGAGGAGGACAGAAAGAAAGAGUGAGAGAGCGAGGUGUGAAUUGAAUUGAACGCGGUGCUAGUCUCAUGUUUCUCGCCUAGGGCCCGGAUGUACCGAGAGAUGCACCGGUGCGUUUUCCCAACCGGUUCCGCCGAAAGCUCUCUCUUUUUUCUCGCCUUCACCUCCAUCAUGGGGAUUAGGUAAUAUUCACUCCAUCCGAAGAAACCCUCCCCGUAAAAAAGAAAAACGGAUUACCCUCAAAAAACUGUCCGUGCCAGACAGUUCUUUCUUCUUUUCUCCCUUUUUUGAUUUCUUUAGUUUUGGGGGGCUUUUUUUUUUUUUUUACCUCCUCGUGUUAUCUCCCCUCCUUCUCCUCUCUACCUCUCUUCCAUUCACCCAUAGGGAUAACGCCGGACUACAUUUAUGGUAAAUGAAAGCAAAAACAUGUACAUCCCGGAGGACACCCUUGAGAACCAUCAAGGCUCCGAUUACUCUCCCCCUCCCCCCCUUCCUCGCCCACCUCCCACCGGACUGACCAAUGAGCACAUUGGCACUGGGAGCCACAGUGACCAUGAUGGAGGAGGGGGCGGGGUCAACCACGGGGUGGGCGUGGUGGGCCUGGCACCUGAGCACAUUCCCACACCUGGGGCAGCCUUGAGCUGGCAGGCGGCCAUCGAUGCUGCGCGGCAAGCAAAGAUGAUGGGCAAUGCCGCAUCCAGCGGAGUUGUAGCGCUAGGGACAGGAGGGGGAGGGCCAAUCUCAACGGCCAGCUCUACACAAAGAAAGAGACAACACUACAGCUCUAAGCCCAAGAAACCAACAACAACGACAGCAACAAGGCCGCCGCGGGCCCUGCUCUGUCUCACGCUCAAGAACCCCAUCCGCAGGGCCUGCAUCAGCAUCGUAGAGUGGAAACCAUUUGAGAUCAUCAUCCUGAUGACCAUCUUUGCCAACUGUGUGGCCUUAGCCGUCUACAUCCCCUUCCCCGAGGAUGACUCAAACGCCACCAACUCCAACCUGGAGCGUGUGGAGUAUCUGUUCCUCAUCAUCUUCACAGUGGAGGCUUUCCUGAAGGUAAUAGCCUACGGCCUGCUCUUCCACCCCAAUGCCUACCUGAGAAACGGCUGGAAUCUGCUCGACUUCAUCAUCGUUGUCGUAGGCUUAUUCAGUGCGAUCUUGGAACAGGCCACCAAGGGGGACGGUGCCACUCCUAUCGGAGGGAAAGCGGCGGGCUUCGAUGUCAAGGCUCUGAGGGCGUUCAGAGUACUCAGACCCCUCAGACUGGUCUCUGGAGUACCCAGUUUACAGGUGGUGUUGAAUUCCAUUAUCAAAGCCAUGGUUCCUCUGCUCCAUAUCGCCCUGCUGGUCCUUUUCGUCAUCAUCAUUUACGCCAUCAUCGGCCUGGAGCUCUUCAUGGGCAAGAUGCACAAGACAUGCGUUCACGAGCAUAUAGGCAACAUAGCAGAGGAGAAGCCGGCACCAUGUGCACCUGAUGGAGCUUACGGACGACACUGUAACCGCAAUGGAACAGAAUGCAAAAUGGGUUGGGAGGGCCCAAACGAUGGCAUCACCAACUUUGAUAACUUUGCCUUCGCAAUGUUGACAGUGUUCCAGUGUAUAACCAUGGAGGGCUGGACGGACGUGCUGUACUGGAUGCAGGACGCUAUGGGCUAUGAGCUGCCCUGGGUCUAUUUUGUGUCUCUCGUCAUCUUCGGCUCCUUUUUCGUUCUCAAUCUCGUUCUGGGGGUGUUGAGCGGAGAGUUUUCCAAGGAGAGGGAGAAAGCAAAGGCCCGAGGUGACUUCCAGAAACUCAGAGAAAAACAGCAACUGGAGGAGGACCUCAAGGGCUAUUUAGACUGGAUUACUCAGGCUGAAGACAUUGACCCAGAGAAUGAAGAGGAGGGCAUGGAUGAUGACAAACCCAGAAACCUGAGCAUGCCAGCUAGCGAGAAUGAAUCUGUCAACACAGAUAACGCCCCAGGGGGAGACGUGGAGGGGGAGACCUGCUGUACCCGGCUAGCAAAUAGGAUCUCCAAAUCCAAGUUCAGUCGAUACUCUCGGAGGUGGAACCGGCUGUGUAGGAGAAAGUGCCGGGCUGGAGUCAAAUCCCAGGUUUUCUAUUGGCUGGUCAUCUUCCUGGUUUUCCUCAACACUCUGACCAUCGCCUCCGAACACCACCAGCAGCCUCAGUGGUUAACAGAUGUACAAGACAUAGCUAACAAGGUGUUGCUAGCUCUCUUCACCGGGGAGAUGCUCUUGAAGAUGUACAGCCUGGGUUUACAGGCGUACUUUGUGUCCCUCUUCAAUCGCUUCGACAGCUUUGUAGUGUGCGGAGGAAUUCUUGAGACCAUUCUGGUGGAAACAAAGAUCAUGUCUCCUCUUGGCAUCUCUGUGUUACGUUGUGUACGCUUGCUUCGAAUCUUCAAAAUAACCAGAUACUGGAACUCCCUGUCAAACUUGGUGGCCUCCCUGCUUAACUCCGUCCGCUCCAUCGCUUCCCUGUUGCUCCUGCUGUUCCUCUUCAUCAUCAUCUUCUCCCUCCUCGGCAUGCAGCUCUUUGGGGGGAAAUUCAACUUUGAUGAGACCAGACGCAGCACCUUUGACAACUUUCCCCAGUCUCUGCUCACCGUGUUUCAGAUCCUGACAGGAGAGGACUGGAACUCUGUCAUGUAUGACGGUAUAAUGGCUUACGGUGGACCAUCCUUUCCUGGCAUGCUUGUCUGCAUCUACUUCAUCAUCCUCUUCAUCUGCGGAAACUAUAUCCUGCUGAAUGUCUUCUUGGCCAUCGCUGUGGACAAUCUUGCAGAUGCUGAGAGCCUGACAUCAGCGCAGAAAGAAGAGGAGGAGGAGAAGGAGAGGAAGAAACUGGCCAGGUUGGCCAGCCCAGAGAAGCGUCAUAACAACGAGAAGCCACCUCUGGAGGAGAAGAAGGAGAAGGAGAAGAAGAAGGAGAAGAUAGAGCUGAAGUCCAUCACUUCUGAUGGAGAGACCAACACUGCUACUAAGAUAAACAUGGAUGACUACUGUGGAGAUGAGAGCGAGGAGAAGAACCCAUAUCCUGCCAAUGACUACAUAGGAGACGAGGAUGAUGAUGAGCCAGAGAUGCCAGUGGGCCCGAGGCCGCGGCCACUCUCUGACGUUCAGCUGAAGGAGAAGGCUAUUCCCAUGCCAGAGGCCCGCGCCUUCUUUGUCUUCAGCGACACCAAUAAAUUCAGGGUCCUGUGCCACAAGAUCGUCAACCACAACAUCUUCACCAACCUCAUCCUCUUUUUCAUCCUGCUGAGCAGCAUCAGUCUGGCAGCAGAAGACCCGGUCAAGAAUGACUCCUUCAGAAACCAGAUCCUGGGCUAUGCAGACCAUGUCUUCACUGGACUCUUCACCAUAGAGAUCAUACUUAAGAUGACAGCCUAUGGAGCAUUCCUCCAUAAAGGUUCAUUCUGUAGAAAUUAUUUCAAUAUUCUGGACCUGGUGGUGGUCAGUGUGUCUCUCAUCUCCUCUGGAAUACAGUCCAGUGCAAUUAACGUGGUGAAGAUCCUGAGGGUUCUGAGAGUGCUCAGACCGCUGAGAGCAAUCAACAGAGCCAAGGGACUGAAGCAUGUAGUGCAGUGCGUGUUUGUGGCCAUCAGGACCAUCGGCAACAUCGUCAUCGUCACCACGCUACUGCAGUUCAUGUUCGCUUGUAUCGGAGUACAGCUCUUUAAGGGCAAAUUCUUCUUCUGUACCGACAGCUCUAAACAAAAUCAUGCAGAAUGCAGGGGUUCCUACAUUAUGUAUAAGGAUGGUGAUGUUGGGAAGCCUGAAAGAGCCCUGAGGGUGUGGGAGAAUAGCGACUUUAACUUCGACGACGUCCUGCAAGGCAUGAUGGCUCUCUUUGCUGUGUCUACCUUCGAGGGCUGGCCAGGAUUACUGUACCGGGCCAUAGACUCUCACGCUGAGGAUGUCGGGCCAAUCUACAAUUACCGCGUCGUCAUCUCCAUCUUCUUCAUCAUCUACAUCAUCAUCAUCGCCUUCUUCAUGAUGAACAUCUUCGUCGGUUUUGUGAUCGUCACAUUCCAGGAGCAAGGAGAGCAGGAAUAUAAGAACUGUGAGCUUGACAAGAACCAGCGUCAGUGUGUGGAGUACGCUUUAAAGGCACGUCCAUUGCGCCGCUACAUCCCCAAGAAUCCCUACCAGUACAAAGUGUGGUACGUGGUCAACUCCACCUACUUUGAGUACCUGAUGUUCACCCUCAUCCUCCUCAACACUAUCUGUCUGGCCAUGCAGCAUCAUGGGCAGACUAAAAAUUUCAACGAUGCCAUGAACAUCCUUAACAUGCUCUUCACUGGACUCUUCACUGUGGAGAUGAUUCUAAAACUGAUUGCCUUCAAACCCAGGGGGUACUUUAGUGAUCCCUGGAAUGUGUUUGAUUUCCUCAUCGUAAUUGGCAGCAUUAUAGACGUCAUUCUCAGUGAGAUCAACCAUUAUUUUGUUGAUGCAUGGAACACAUUUGAUGCCUUGAUAGUUGUGGGUAGCAUUGUUGACAUAGCGAUCACUGAGGUUAACCCAGCUGACUCCUCCUCGUCCUCGUCCUCCUCUUCUUCGUCCUCCUCCUCCUCCUCCUCUUCCUCCUCUCACCCCCCUGCGGUAAGGCCAAUGGGACUGCAGAACUCUGAAGAGAACGCCAGGAUCUCCAUCACCUUCUUCCGGCUGUUCCGCGUGAUGAGGCUGGUGAAGCUGCUGUCUCGCGGGGAAGGGAUUCGGACCCUGCUGUGGACCUUCAUCAAAUCCUUCCAAGCUCUGCCCUACGUAGCUCUGCUUAUAGUGAUGCUUUUCUUCAUAUACGCUGUCAUCGGCAUGCAGAUGUUUGGUAAAAUAGCGCUACGGGACCACACACAGAUCAACAGGAACAACAAUUUCCAGACGUUCCCUCAGGCAGUGCUGCUGCUCUUCAGAUGUGCGACAGGUGAGGCAUGGCAGGAGAUCAUGCUGGCAUGCUCGCCAAAUCGACCCUGUGAGAAAGGAUCGACCAACGAAAGCAACUCGGCCAAUGAGGACUGUGGCAGCCAGUUUGCCAUCAUUUACUUUGUCAGCUUCUACAUGCUGUGUGCCUUUCUGAUCAUCAACCUGUUUGUGGCUGUCAUCAUGGACAACUUUGACUACCUGACACGUGAUUGGUCGAUUCUGGGGCCGCAUCAUCUUGAUGAAUUCAAGAGGAUCUGGGCUGAAUAUGACCCUGAAGCUAAAGGGAGGAUAAAGCACCUUGAUGUGGUGACUCUGCUGAGGAGAAUCCAGCCACCCCUCGGCUUUGGCAAGCUCUGUCCACACAGGGUUGCCUGCAAGCGCCUGGUGUCGAUGAACAUGCCUCUGAACAGCGAUGGAACAGUGAUGUUCAAUGCCACACUGUUUGCUCUGGUCAGAACCGCACUCAGGAUCAAGACAGACGGUAACCUGGAGCAGGCCAAUGAGGAACUGAGGGCAAUAGUGAAGAAGAUCUGGAAGAGAACCAGCAUGAAGCUCUUGGAUCAAGUAGUGCCCCCUGCUGGUGAUGAUGAGGUGACAGUCGGAAAGUUCUACGCUACCUUCCUCAUCCAGGAAUAUUUCCGCAAGUUUAAGAAGAGGAAAGAACAAGGACUGGUGGCCAAGGUGGCUCCAAAAACUGCCCUCUCUCUGCAGGCGGGCCUGCGGACAUUGCAUGACAUAGGUCCAGAGAUCCGGAGGGCCAUCUCUGGAGACCUGACCGUGGAGGAGGAGAUGGACAAAGGCCUGAAGGAGCCUGUGUCGGCUGCUUCUGAGGACGAUAUCUUCAGGCGUACAGGUGGUUUGUUCAGCAACCAUGUCAACUACUACAACCAGAGCGAUGGCCGUGCUUCAUUCCCUCAGUCCUUCACUACCCAGCGUCCCUUGCACAUCAGCCAGAAGGGCUCCCCGUGCGAAGGCGAGAGCCCGUCCCAUGAGAAGCUCAUGGACUCGACCACUUUCACCCCCUCCUCCUACUCCUCAUCCGGCUCCAAUGCCAACAUAAACAAUGCAAACAAUACCGGCAUGGCCGGAGUUGUGGCGCAGGGAAUCAGUCGAUUCCCGAGCCCGUCCAUUAGCACUGUGGACGGACACACAGGACAACCGCUCACCCCCAUCCUGCUGCCAAGAUCUGCGUGGUGCUUUCCUCCAAAGAGCUCUGACUCAAGUGACAGCCAUCUACCAAUCAUCCAAAGAGGUGAAGGUUCAACGGAGGAGACAUAUGAUGAGACCUACGGCGACAACAGGGAGUACCAUGGGGAUGACCACUCACUCUCCUCUGACAUGCUUGUGUAUCAUGAUGAACAAUGUAAGCAGUUGACUCCCAUGGAGGGAGGAGAGGAGGUAGAAGACAGAAGAGGAGGAGGAGGAGGAGGAGGGUGGCAGUCUCCUAGGAGAGUCUUCCUCUGCCCCACUUCUCUCGGACGGAGAUCAUCCUUCCAUCUGGAGUGUCUCAGGAGACAGUCAAGGUCAGACGUCUCCCAGAAGACGGCUGUGCCUCUACACCUAGUACAUCAUCAGGCACUGGCAGUCGCAGGACUGAGUCCUCUACUAAGAAGGAGUCACUCGCCUACCCUCUUUAGUCGGCUAUGCUCCACGCCUCCAGCCAGUCCCACGGCCCAGGGCAGUGAUGCAUCCUACCAGCGGGUGCCCUCUCUGAGGCUAGAGGGCUCCAACUCCCAUGAAAAGCUCAAUACCAGCUUGCCCUCCGUCAACUGUGGGCCCUGGUAUAGCGACAGUAAUGGAAACAGUCGGGUGCCCAGUCCUAGCCCUAGCGUGUCAGUGCCCAGUCAAAGACCACCCCGACCGGUGUCGCUCACAGUGCCCUCACUACUGGGGAAAGACUCCAGCUCACUGUGUCAUGGCAGCGCAGGCAGUCUGGUGGAGGCGGUGUUAAUAUCAGAAGGUUUAGGUCACUUUGCCCAGGAUCCAUCCUUCAUCGAGGCAACCAAAGCCGAGUUGGCUGAUGUCUGUGACAUGACCAUCGAGGAGAUGGAGCAUGCAGCCAACAACAUACUCAACGGCAAUACAGCCACAACUGCCGCAUCUAGCUCCUCCUCCACCUCCCAGCACAGCCCCAACGGCAACCUACUCCCCUUCCAAACAGCAGCAGCAGCUACUCACAGAGAACGAGCGGUCGGCGAGGGCAGUGGAGAGGCAGCAGGAAGCAGAGGCUCCGUUCACGGGCCGUCCUCAGUGGAGGAGCGGCAGGAGCUACUAGCAGGGGCGAGGGGACAAGAAGAGGAGGAGGAGGAGGAGGAGGAGGAGGAGGAGGAGGAGGGGGCAGAAGGGACGGAGGAAGGGCACCACAGAGGCUCAGUUGUGAUUGGAGGAGCACAGCAGAGGAACAGCGGGCUUUUGGAGGACGAGGAUAUGGAGUGUGUGACUAGUUUGUAGGAGUCGUCUUGACGGGUUCAAUUGGCCGACUGGCCCCUCUGACAUCAUCAGAGACUGACGCCUGUCAGUGCUGGGUGACAACGCCGCAGCUGGCUCUGUCUGUCCCCGUCCCUCACACACACAUACACUGUCUGCCUCUCUGCCAGACGUGACAGCUCUGGACAAUGGCGGCCAGUAACGCAACCUUAAACACCUGGUUAUGACUUUUGUUAGUUUAUAUGAGUUUGUACGUGUGUGUGUUUGUAGUAAAGUGAGCCACUCUAUACUCUAUACUAUCUGAGUGUAUGCUUGUGUGUGAUCUAUGAUUUUCACUUUUUGUACGUGUGUGUGUCUGUCUGUCUGUCUGUGUGUGUGUGUGUGUGUGUGUGUGUGUGUGUGUGUGUGUGUGUGUGUGUGUGUCUGUGUGUGUGUGCGCGCGUUAUCCACACAUGUCUGCGUGUGUCUCUAAAGUGCCUCACAGUUUUCUCAUGUCUUCAAAGUGUGAUGAGCAGAAAAGUCGUGACGAUGGGAAAGCAGGAAGAAAGGAAACAAAAGCAGGAAGUCCUUUUAUUGGUUUCCUGCUGUUCACAUAGUGUGUUUAUUGUUUUCAUUUCCUCUGCCUACUUUGGUGUUGUGUUAUUGUUGUUUGUCUGGCCGCCAUGAAGCCAGGAAGGGGACAACAGACCAGCUUGUUGGGUGGGGGUCAGUUACGGAUUCAAAUCUGGCCGUACCCAUUUGGUUCACUAAUGAAGAAGCGCUGUAUUGAGUAAACAGGGUCGAGGAAAACCCUGUUUUAAAUCUCAUUUUUCUUCCUCUUCCAAAGCUAAGAACCUUGGAGCACAGCCCUGCCAGUCUGAGGGGGGGGGAUUAAGGUAACAUGCCAUCCCCAGCUAAAAGGGGGAGGGGGGGGUUUGAGGGAUGGACCAAGGGGGCUACUGGCCAACAGGAAGCUAGCCAGCUCUUUCAUCCACUGGUUGAUAAGACGCAAGCUCGAGAAAAACUCACCUCGUCCAUCACCUUGUUCUGGCUGCACCCUCACCGCUGCUUUUCCCCGUUUGACCACACCCACCUCUUGUCCCGAGCAGGGUGGAGUAUUUGGUGGAUAAACAGAGAAAGUGAUCCCCCUCAAUGCCUCAUACCUCGCCGUUCCUCACUCCUCCCUCGCUCCUUCCUCCCUCCUUCUUGAUAAAUCCACCCUCUGUCUCCCUCCAUCACUGGGUUUUUGCUUUUUUAGCCCUCAGGAGGUGUCCAACAGGGCAACAGAGAUGGAGGGUGGAGGAGAACCCGGUAGUGUUCGGUUGAAUAGAAAACAGACUCUGGGCAUGGAUCUACAGAGGUUCUGUCCGUCAAUCAACCUCACUUCCUUCUCCAAGACCCUCUUCUCCCUCUCAGCGUGGAAUCCUAUUGGAUUUGCUGCCACACACUCUCUCUACAGACCACACCCACUAUGUAUUUAACAGUUCAAUAUUGUGCAAAACUGGCUAGCCAUGACUAUUUUGUUUCAUAUUCAUGAUGUUAUUGGUUUAAUUUAUCCUUGAUUUGUUUGCACAAUCAGGGUGCUGGUCUUAUAAAUGUAUUUUUGCUCAGUUUAUUUUAGGAGAAUUUUAAGAGGUUUAAAGUAUCGAAGCAGGGCGUAGUGUUUGAGUGCGAUUGUAUAACUAUUUUUGUGAGUGCGGGUGUAUGUCUGCGUUUUAGUACAGAAUGUAUGCGGUUUCGAAUGUGUGAGGUAGCGUGUAUCUAAAAGAGGGGUCUUUCUCUCUAUCAGUAUGCACCUUUUACAGAUUGUAUCUAUUUAUUUAUUUAUUUUUCCCAGAAGAGAAAAAAAUGUGUGCAAGGAUGUACCUUUUUAUGCGUGCCUGUGUUCGAGCGGUUACUUAUGUAUUCUAAAAAGCUGAUUUUAAGCCUAGACAGUAAAUUAAGGUAGCAUUACAAGUAUGGUAUUGUGUGUGUGUGUGUGUGUGUGUGUGUGUGUGUGUGUGUGUGUGUGUGUGUGUGUGUGUGUGAGUGAGUGUGAGAGAGAGCGUGUGUAAGUAUGUAUGUGUGUGAUAAUGGGCCUCCUUAACACAGGGUUACCAUGGACAGGCAUGCUUCCAAAGCUUUGUGAUUUCUUUAGCACGGUUUUUACUUCUAGCCAAGCUGCAGAGUCAGAAGCCACUCUCUCUUUGAAAAUAGUCAUCACAUAACAUUUCUCUAUUUUUUCUGGUUAGAGGUACUUAUGGGUGCGUUCAGAGUGACAGGUUAGGUUUACAGGUUGAUGAGUUUCAGCACUGCAGCUUGGCAGGUAACAAGCCUUUUGGAGAAUGCUGCUUUUCUUCUUUAUGGUGGGUGGUUGCUCUGAAUAGUAGAAGUAAAUUCACACUGCCACAGUGAUGCCUCAUGAAAGAAGUGAGGAUGAUGCCUAGAACGCUCGGCUAAAACACAUCGUAAUCACAUGGUUUCAUCGAUUUAGUUGUAUUUUAAACUCCAAAUGAACUAUUAGGGCUGGUGUACAGAUGCUGCAAGACUUCUGAAUGGCAUCAAUGUCUGAGUUCUGCUCAUAUCACAAAAACAUUCAGAUUUAUUAUCAUUGUUAGAAAUAAAACUGUUUCUUACUGCCUGUUCUAUCAUUCAAACAGUUGUACCACAGGCAGAACUGGUUAUUGAUAAGAAGUGAUAUUUGUUUGGUUAACAUGAAUGAAUACAAAUCAAUUCUGAGGGAAGUUGAUCCCCAGGUGUGGUUUUUAGGUUUUUUUUUUCAAUUCCUUGGAUUUUCGGUAGCAUGCUGACAACUUUUUAUUGACCUUUCUAAAUGAGGCACAGGUUUGGACCUCAGGCCUUGUUAGAUACCACAGGGCACAAGCCUCUCUUCAAUAUAUUGUCUUUUUCAAGAAACAUUCCUCAUGUCAGUAUCACAUCCCUUGUAUGGAUUACUACAAUUUAUAGGCAACCUAAUUUCAUUACAAACUGACAUGAUUCAAUUCAACUUUCGUAGAAGAUAUGUAACAACAAAUGUUCCCUUAGAAUCUUGGCAAAAUGAAACUUUUGUUACCAACACAUUGCCAAUGCAGCAGAUCUUGUCAACACUGCAGAAAGAAAUGUAUGAGUUGAAACUCUCUUAGUUCUAAAUAAGUCAAAAUCUUUGGCAAUAUCCUUGUUAAUUCAGUUUUUUUUUUUUAUUUCAAGUCUUGCUUAGACAACUCCCACCAACAGAAAUUUUCACAUGUCCGCUUUUAGCCAUUCAUCGUUCAGAACCGGCUUCUGAGCACUCACUCCUACAUGUUAAGCAGAGCAAGUUUGUGGCAGGAGAGGGUAUGCAUGGACAUGUUGCCAUACACUGCAUCCUGUGCCAGUUACAGACUUCUGACAUUAUUAUGCAAACUAAAUGUGAAUGUUGAACUUAUUUUAAGUGGUAAUGCUUUUGUUCUGUGGUGAUUAUCAUCCUGCAAACUCUGACGAAGUCUGUUGUCAUAGAAUCAUCUUUUAGUCUGUUUGUUUCUUUGGCUUCAUCAAACCUGGAGUUAAUCUAAAAGCACCUCAUUAAAAAUAGUUCUAUAUGAAAAUGAUUGGUACCAUAAGCUAACAGUAUACAUUGAGGCUAGCGGCUCACAUUCAGUAUAAGCUGAUGUCUUUUGAAGUCUAGUGGUUUAAAAAGACAACAAGGACAAGUAUGUUAAUGUGUGUGCAGAGAAGCUUUCUCUUUUUGUUUACACAUUUUGUUCUAUUGGCCCUGGCAAAAAUGUAUUUAUUCAAACGACAUAAGAAUUUUACUCCUGUUUUUUAAGCUGGCUUAUGACUAUUAGGUCUAAAUCCUUAAAAACGAAAUGUUACGAACAGGCAGUACGUGUUUGUAUCCAAGCUGCUACAGAGGAGCCAGAAGUGUCAGAGAGGAAAGAAACAGCUAUGAGUAUCACUCUGUCAAGGUAGUUUUGAAUUCUAAUUAUUUAAUCGACCAAUCAUCCAACACAGAAACAUAGUCAGACAUGACCAAGUUAUAUUUCGGAUGUAAACAGUCAUAAAUGUUCUGUACUACUUCCAGGAAUCAGAGAUGAAAAGAACGUCGAUGUUGCACUAAAUUCAAUUUCAAUCAUUUUUUUCUGUUCCUUUAUUUACAUUCUGUAGACAGGCAUAUUUGUAUUAGUAAAGUUACCCUGCAUAUCAGAAGUGCCAAACCAGGCUUUGUUGUGUCUUCAGAGGCUCUUUCGGGUUGAGAGAGAUUGAAAGGUCUGUGGUGCCCCCGUGUGGACUGGAGCCGCAUUGCAGUUUUCAUGUUAGCAUUAACCAUGAAGUGUUGUGUUGCAGUAUACAGUAUGAUUGGGUGUAAUCCUGCAUCCCACAAGAUAUGCAAAAACAAUGCAAUAACUAUGACUGUAUACAAGGUUCCCUGAGUAAAUGUACUUGUGAAAGUGAAAAAAAAAACACUAUCAUAACAAUGGCUUUAUUUCCCCUGUUUGUUACAUUUUCAAGUAAACUCAGUGGUUUCCGUGCCAGAGAAACCUACCAUACUUGAAAUCAGGUCCAUUGCAGUUCACUAUAGAUGUAUUUAUUUAUCGCUCUUACGCCUGGGGUUUUCAUCAGAGUCUGUAUAGGGACAGCUACAGUAAGUCACAGCUCGCAGUUUAAAAUUCAGCAGUUUCCAGUUUGUUUUUUAAAUGGCUUGAGCUGCGUGGGUGCACCAUCAGUAUUGCACGAGGUUCCCACGUUGACGUUGAGCGUGCCGGGCUUUGCGGUCGUUUUGUUGCGUCAUAAUCAGAAUAACAGAGAAGCUAUUUCUAUGAAGUCAGUAUUUCUUCUCUUAAGGAAACGUGACAGCAGUAGUGGGGUAUUUGGAGGCUUCAUUUUGCAUAUCUUGUGUCUACCGGGCUCAGUUCUUUUUCAUUAUACACCCUUCGAAGGACAGAGCUCAAGUUUAAAUGAAUGUCAGAAGUUAAGAGAUAAAGUAAACCACAUUUCUUUGUUCUCCUCAGUCAUGAAAGGUGGCUCUUCUUUUUUGACAAAGUCUCUGUCUUUCUCUUCUAUCUUUCACUUGUCUGUUGUAUGGAAGAUGGACUAAGGGGAUACAGUCUUAUGACAUAGAACACAUUGUCAGAAUAUUGUUGGAUUGAAUCAGAAUUUAAAAGAAAAACAGACAGAAGCUAGUUAGCAAACACACACGUAUUUACUCCUUUCCUAUAUUUAAGCUCAAAGUGAAGAAUAAACAUGAAAACAUCUCUAACAUUCAACAGAUUAGCCUGACGCUGUGCACACUUAUAAAGUAACAAACUCUGAAAUACUUCAUUUCCCAUAAUUCAACUAAUAUCCUCUCCUCUAGAUUCUCUUUGCCCACACAUUUCUGACCUCAUGACCCGGAGUUUUAACACUGGCUUUUGUUAAUAUCACUAUAUGACAUCUUUCAGAUUGUUCUCAGACUAAGCCCCCGAACCAAAGACAACAUUAUCUAACUUCAUUUACACACUUUGUAAAAACAGGAACACUUUGGGGAGUAAUCUAAACUCAAACUCUUGUGCAAAAUGUGGGGAAUUGCUCUUUGAAAAUUGAAUUCCAAGUUAAAUAUCGCUCAAAAUAUAUGAAUUACAAUUAAGGGACCCAUGAAAAGCAUAUAUAUUAUACUUUUUCUAGAGAGUAAUAUCUUGUAUGCCAAUGAAUCAAGUAGAGUGAUGGGGGGGAAAUGGAACACAGCAUGAGUGUUUGUUUUUAUCUAUUCCGGCCAACUAGCAAAGAAAAGCUACGUCUGUGGAGCUUGAACCACUAAAUGGGCCGUAAGCGUUAUUAAUGAUAUUAGUUAAGUCUACGUUUUGCAGGUCACACUGUCCACCUCGCCAGAGGCAGUCCGUGUGUUUAUGUGCCUGUUGGCUCUUGCUUUAUGUUCUUAGUUAGUAACCAGUUGUAUCAGCUGUGUCCUCUGGAUCUCCAUCUGCAGCUCAUUAAAGUCAAAUCUCUGCCCGCUGCCAUGCAGUCCAACUCAAGUCCCGCCCUCACCUGGAAGUGAACGGCUGGUUUCUAACAAUCUGAUGACAAUCUUGUUGACAGUUGAUGCUAAUUUAAAGAAGUGGGAGUUUGUUCUGGGUAAGAAUGAUAGAUGGAGAAUAUUUUUUGGAUUCCUCAUGUUUGAAUUUCAAGCUGCCCAAAUCCUGACAUGGUAAAUGAUAUAUCGAAUAAUGUUUUAUGUGCAUGGGUUUCUCUCUUUAGGGAUAUCAAGUAUUGGUCCUACGUGAAUGAUAGUAUCUUUUGUCUCACCACUAGCCAAUGAUUGUAUAUUUUUAUAAACCAUAUAUACCAUUCUAUAGCAAGAUAUAUAUAUAUAUAUAUAUAUGAAUAUAUAAUAUUUAAUCAUCAGAAUGUUAGAGUAUGGAAAGGGCAGGAGGACACUGAUUUGGGAAUGUAGUCAUGAAAUAUAGGUUAUGAAAUGUGUUAUUAAGACCUACUGACUGAGGGUCAGAAUGAAUUUAUUGAAAAAGUCCAACUUUAUUGACUGUUUUAUGACCAAAAGCAAAAUGGGAGAACUGUAAACAUUUUACUGAAGAAGAAACGUGUUAAAGCUCCUGAAAUGUAAGACACAUUGUUUCAUGAAAGGCUAGGAGUGUUCCCAGCGAUGUGGCUUUUUAGCUAUGAUAAAAAUGUAUUUAUUUUAAUAUUUUCAAAACAAAAUGUGCCGUAAGGCGCCAUUAAUGCAGCUAUGACUGCAGAAGUAAGAGGCUCUGUGUUCAUACAAACGGAUACUGUAAACCAGCCGCAUGUCUUCAUUUGAUCUGAUCGUUAAGAGAGAUUUAAAAAUGUGUUUUCAUGUUUUUUUCAUGAAGUGGCUAAAAGACAUUAACCUACCAGCAACCUGUGAGCGCAGGUCAAAGUCUGGACAUUUUCCUACUGUAGCACUGAGACACCAGGCUCUCUUUACUAGUCCUUCAUCAGCGACACACACACACACACACACAAACACACUCUUCAGAUGCAUUCUUUCAGCUUUCAAAGACAUCUAACCAAAAAAACAGCUAUCAAGGACUUGAUCUCUCUAUGCUUUGAGCCUUGAAAAUCAUGUAGCUUCAAUUUUUCUUCCAAAAAAAAAACAUCUGUGCAGAGAAGUUCUCAUUUGUUGAAGCAGGAAAAUCAAAAGUUCAGUGGCAGCCCAACUAUUUUCUUUUCAUAUAAAUACAGUAUAUGCAGCACUGGAACAAGAUAAAGCCUGGAAGAGAAUAUUUUAUCCCAGUUAUUUUUGCCAGAUCUGAUUUUAAAAAGUUGACUUGAUGAUGAAAUGUAUUAAGUGUAUAAAGAACGAGCUGCUAUACAUUUUUACAAAUGAUCCUAAAGCUGCUCUGAAAGAAAAGAUGUCACCUGUCAUGCUUUAAAGGAAAUAGUAUUUUACACACAUUUACCAUUUGAAUAGAAAUAGAGUAGUGUGUUUCUUCUAACCUAGAAACAGACAUGUGUCACUUCAUCAUUUCAGUGGGAUUUGAGUCUGAAAGCAGGAGCUGUUUUCUUCCUGUUUCCAGACGUCCUUGUGGAUCUACCAUUGCUGACCCGUGGGAUCUAUUUUCUUGUAAACAGACAUGCUUGUUGAUCAUUGUUUGAUCCUGACAAAAUAUUUAAAAGCACUAUUUUGAAUACAGAUUUUAAUUUCCCUUUUUACGAGGUUUAGAAAGAGCAUUGCCUGAUGUAGGAAACUAAGGAAAGGAACAGGAGGUGAAAGAGUGAAUAAAUUAUUAAAUACAAGUUUAUUUUGCAACUAUCCUUUAUUUUAGAUAUCAGAUAUAAAAAUAAAUAUAUAAAUAAACAAAGAAAUGAGAUGAUAUGUUGAUGCUGGACUUUACAGAGGAUCAAGAAAGAACUUGUUCUUUGACUAAACAUGCAGACCAGGUGGUGCUAUACUGUUCAACUUCUCUGCACCCGUUUGAAUUGUAUUUCCACCCAUUGAAUGUUUUCAUGAGGUCUACAGAUCUGUUCAGAUAUGUUUCCUUAGUUUGGAAAUUGACUUUUGAUUGCUGCUAGUCGAAGCAUGUUUAGAGAGGACAUGUAAUGGGGUUGACAAAGUGACACAUAGAGAUUCUCUUAGCGGUAACGGCCCCACAUUUCUUAUAAAAAGUGAUGAAAUAAAUGAUGCUUGAGACUGAGAGAUUAAUAAUUAUCCAGUCAGUCUGCACAUUUUAAAUUCAGAGUUAUUGUUCAGGUUUCACAGUGUUGCACAAGUUUUAAACCUCUGGACGUAUUGGGCUUCACUCUCUUAAGUAACACUCAGUUGCAUGUAAAAUCCUCACCCAUCAAUCUUGGGAAAAUGAAGUUAACUUCCAGACAUUGUUGGUGAGGAACUUUUAUAUGGUCACGAUUUAAAGCCUCUUAUCUUCUUGGGUUUCGGAGCCCUAAAUAAAACCAAAUAGAUGAUAGUUGCUUGCCCGAUAGAUUUAGAAAUAGAACAUAGGAGCGGUCUUUCCUUUGUGUAGUAGCACCCCCUGUUAAGGAAGACUGUUAAGUGUUGUACGGACCUUGAAAGCCUCACGCGUUCCUCCUAUUACUUUAAUUCAUACACUUACAUGUAUGUUCAACCAUAAAGGAGAUCCCGUUUGCACAGAGACAAAAAUCAGAGUCCGACAUAGAGUUUGUUCCACCAUCUUUCAGAGUGACGCUGCACCCACAGCCUGUUGGCCUUUUCUGUACCAGCUUCUUCAGGACAUGCUAACAACACUCAGCUCGAGAUUUCUGGCAGCAGUAGCUUCACGAUGCAGACUUUCUGUCAGUAGAUCCAUGAAUGUCACUGCCUCCCUGCAUCUGCUACUUCCCUCUCUAAUGUUACUGACAAGCGCUACUUUACAAGUGAAUGAUUUCAUCCCUUGAAUGUUGGAUCCAGUGAGGCCCAUACUGGUGCACUUACAUGCAAGAGCUGGUUUGAGGCUAGUUGUUUAUUUUUGGGAUAUUUCCUUGUUUCAUUUUGAGGGGGUUUUUGCAGCCCUGAAUGGAAGAAUAUGUUGGAUUUUUUUUGCCACCUAGCUUAGCUUUGGACACAAUCACAACAUCCACUAAGAAACAGAUCUGUUGUGCCUGUGUGUGUAAAACUGGGUCUAUCAGAGAGCAUAGGAAGCGUCAUGUAUCUGUUUUCUUCCUGUGAGUGUGAAAACACUGCUUUAACAGCACGCAGGCGUACAUUCAUUGGUUUUAUUCAGGCGGGUUGAUCCAGGCCUUUUGCCAGCCUGACCAUUCAAAGCUACACACACAGCAGUGUUUUCUGUUCCUUGUUUCCUGGGUUCAUGACGGGGCUGCGUGGCCCUGUUCUCCACUGGUCAGUAGUGUCUUAUGAUCUUGUUUGUAGUCAUAGCUCACUACUCAUGCAACGUGUUAAAGGGCCUUUGACAGGAUGGAGCUGUUUGUUUGUGUUCUUUUCUGUCAGAGCAAAGUCUGUUAGUUUAUUUUGUAUGGAGAGAGGCGUUCACUAUUUGUUGUAAAAUUAGUAGUGAGGCUACUGUUAAAUGUAGUAUUUAAUAACAGCACUAUUUAUGGUCAGAAAAUGAACUAGAGUGUGUCAUUGUACUUGCAGUAGCUUUGGAGGCAGGUGGCCAUUUUGUAACUUGAGUUCUUUAACAUAAGCCACUUCCCCUCGGCUGCGAGGGAUUUCAUUGGUUCUGAGGUUGCUAAGUGACACUGGCCCAACAUCAUUUGACUUCCUCAGUAACCACGUCUCCUCUGUGACGACCGCACGGUCUCACGGUUGACACCUUUUUCUUCUUCUUCUCUUUCUUUUUUCUAAAGGAGAUCUUGAUUUAUUUAUUUUUCCAUUCAUUUCAUUUUAGAUUUUAGAAAGGGAAAGAAACAAAUCAGAAUAUUAAUUCAAUCACUUUUCUACUCCUAUUUUCAAUAAAAAGUGAAAUGAAAAACCAAACAAAAAGUUGAUUUGUAAAUAAGUCAUGUACAGUUUGUAUCUGUAACUUGUCAGUCUGUCAUUGGUGACAGAGUCUGUCUUGCUUAUAACGCACGCUACCAGUAAAUAAAAAAGGAAAAAGUAUAUUUAGACUGUAUGGUCCCUUGAAAGCAAGUUUUAAAUUAAUAUCUGAUGUAUAUUCCUGUAACAUUGCAUUUUUAUCUGAGGAAUGAUGUUAUUAAAAAAUUGCAAAUAAAUUGCAUUUCCUACA